UACAAUAAAAUAUAAAUGUAUACAGCUGAUUUACGAUAAUAGGACGCAAGAGAGAGUGAUUUUUUGAUUUUUCUAUAAGAUCGUAAAGAACGCAAGAAUUGUCCGGAUCCAGGAGGUUAACGAUAUUAUACGCCUUUUGACUUUGACUAAAGAUGAAUCUUCUAAAAUGAAUGAAAAGAGAAGAAUGAAAAAUUUACAAAAUUGUUGUAUCAAAUUAUAUAGAAAACAGUGUUAUCUAUUUCGUAUUGUUAAUACUGCACUACGUGACGAUAAUCGAACAAAACUUGAUAAAUUGGGUCCCAAUUGCUAUCUUAUUUAUAAUUGUAUUGGCCGUUAUUGCCAUGAUCAUGGUUUUCUAGAAAUGCCUGAUCGAAGUAAAUCUCGUUCCAUGAUUGUUUAUCGUGGUGAUUCUGCUUCACGUGAAAUAAUUGAAAAAUAUCGGCAAGCAGCAGGACAAAAAGAAAAAUAUUUUAAAUGGCUUCUUUUCGUUUGGACGCCAGCAGAUCGUAUUUUUGCCGAACAUUUUUCAUUCUCAUCGAAGUUGAACACUAUUUAUCCAUGA